AUGGCCCGCGCCUCCAGCUCAACCUCGACCGUUCGACAAGUCCUACCCCUCGUCGUCGCCCUCGUCAUCCUCUCCAUCAUCGGCCUCGUCCUUUACCAGGUCUACCUCUCCGCCACCAAAUUUCGUCAGUCGGCCUCGGAGCGCAUGGGCAAGAAGAAUGUCGUCUUCACCAAGGAUGGCGUGCGCGUCGGCGUCAAGCAAAUACAAAACGAGAAAUACGUCGAUACCACACAGAGCUGGGUCGUUAAGGCUUGGAACCUCGGCAGCUCAAAGGACGAUGAGCUGUAUGUCAACCACAUGCCUCCCCGUGGCUUGCCCGCCUCCAUUCACCCAGGUCUCAGAUGCUGA